GCCCCCGCCGUCAAUCCACUCGACAGUCCUUAGCCGUUCAGGGACCCUACCUCGCCGACUGACCACAAAAGAGGGCCCCGUCAAACAUGUCGGUGGCCAGUAGAAACAUGUUCGCCCUCCUCGAUGAGGAUGCCUCGCGGCCAGCCAGCCCGUCUGGUGCCCCCGCGAAGGCCGCAGCGCCUGCGCCUGCUCCUUCCACCCGCGGAACCCAGAAGUCCCGUGGCGGCCCUGCCUCAAGAGGUGGCAGGUACUACCAGCGCGGUGGCAAGUCUGCUCCUCAGAACGGCGACGCACCCGCUGAGGACGCCGAGCCCAGGAAGCGCGCCGACGGCGAAGGUCGUGGCCGUGGUCGUGGCCGAGGCCGUGGUGACCGUGGUGACCGCGGACGCGGUGGCCGUGGUGGUCGCCCGUUCGACCGCCACAGUGCGACUGGCAAGACCGAUUCGGACAAGAAGAUCCACCAAGGUUGGGGUGGAGAUGAGCCUGCUUCCGAGCUCAACGCCGAGGCUGCCGCCGUCACCGAUGCCGCUGCCGAGAAGAACGAGUGGACCAGCACCGCCAACGAUGGCGAGGCCUGGGCCGCUCCCGACGCUGCUGCUACCGAGGGAGACGCCCCUGCUGGCGAGAAGCCCGAAGGCCGCAAGCCUCGCGAACAGCGCGAGCCUCGCGAGCCCCGUGAGCCUCGUGAGCCCGAGGAGGAGGACAACACCCUCACCCUCGACGAGUACCUCAAGCAGAAGCAGAGCCUCGACAUCGUCCCCAAGCUCGAGGCCCGUAAGGUCGAAUCCACUGAGCCUAAGGAUGCGGUUGUCAUCACCAAGAAGGACGAGGAUGAGGAUGCUUACUUCGUCGGCAAGACGAAGGCCUCUGCCCCCAAGCCCCGCGCAAAGAAGGAGGAGAAGGUUUACAUCGAGAUCGACGCUCGCUUUGAGCGCCCCUCGCGCGGCGGUGGCCGUGGCCGCGGUGACCGUGGCGGCGACCGUGGUGGCGACCGUGGCACCCGUAGCCGUGGCCGUGGUGCUGGACGCGGACGGGCGGCGAACGGCAGCAGCGCUCCUACCGCUCUCAACGUGGACGACGAGACCGCGUUCCCCUCCCUGGCUUAAUAGCCCCACAAAUAUAACGGUUCAACCAGCGGCAGUUGAAUCUUUUGACUCCUCCAUCAUCCUGCGGCCCCGACAAAAUCGUGGCGUCACCCGGCCCCGAGUAUCUGAUCGCUUUCCCCCUCUAUCCGCUCCUCAUUGUCUUGAUGUCUGCGUGCGCACGUUCUGCAUCUCUCCUACCUCGUAUCUCUCUCGUCCUCCUCUCCGCGCUCUGUGCUCCUGCUCCUGUGUUCAGUAGUAGCCGAUCCACUUACCAGCCCUCCUGACAUGACGUAUGAACCAAGACUAUGCACGGUAUCUUAUGUUCUGUGGCCUUCCAUAUUUAGUCGUGUUGUAUACGAGGUGUAAGAACGCAUCGAUGC